UUUUUUCUAGCCAAAUAUAUUUUUUUCACAAAUUUAUAAACCAAAAAAUAUAUACUUGUAUAGGGACUUCUAUUUGACUUUGAUAUUAUGUCUUUCUUGUUUUUUAUAUAGGGACCUCUUUUUGACUUUAAUUUUUUUCUCCAAAUAUAAAUUUUUUAAAUAAUUUUCUAAAUAUAAAAUUUCUAAAUUUUUCUUCAAUUAAUUUUAGAUUUGUUUUUUAACAAUUUUUUUUUAAUUUUUUGUAUUUGCUUGUUAUUUUUUUAAUAUUGAAUUUAGGGGAGUUCUUAUUUUGCUUCUAAAACAAUUUUUUCUUAAUCAAAAAUGGAUUUGUCUCUAAUAAAUAUAAUUGAAACUUUAAAUGUUGACGCCGUUCAGGAAUCAAUUUCUUCAUUAAAAGAUAAAGGAACAGAUUUGGAACGUAUAAAAUCAUCAAUAGAACGUGUUUUGCGUACUAAAGCUUUGGAAUUUGGGCGUUCAGACAUUCCUAUUGUUGAUGUUGAAGCUUUUGUGAAAUUUGUUAUUGGAUUGGCAGAAAAGGAUAUUGGAGUUUCUAAAGAAAAUGAUAAAGACAAUAAAAUUUGCACUAAAACAUUAACAAUUCAAAUACUUCAAGACAUUUUUGAUGUUUCUACAACUCAACGAUGUGAACAACUUUUUGGAAUUAUUGAGAAUAACAUUCAUAUUUGGAAAACGCCAUUCUUCUUUUCUUCAUGCAAAAAUAUGAUUUUACGUCUGUGCAAUGAUUUACUAAAACGACUUUCUCGUUUUAUUGAUACAACAUUUUGUGGACGUAUUUUAAUACUUUUGGCUAAAUCUUUACCUUUAAAUGAAAAAUCUGGAUUAAAUUUGCCUGGACAUUUUAAUACACAAAAUGUUACUGUUUUUGAUAGAGAAAAGAAAGAUCAACAUCCACAACACGAAGAAAACGAACAGCGUAUGGAAGAAGGACCAGAAGAACCUCCACAACUUCCAUCAGUUUCUUCAACAGCAGGAGGAGUAGAUGAUGAUAUGGAAGUUGGGGAAAUUAGGGAUCAUCGAGAUUCAUUUGGAGGAACAAUUCCAAUUGAUUAUAAUUUGUAUUUUAAUUUUUGGGAUUUACAAAGAUUUUUUUCUAAUCCAAAUUUGUUGUUUGAAAAUGAUAAUUUUACAAAAUUGGAAAAUGAAUGUUCUGGUGAUGUUGGUUCUCCCCAACAUGGAAAAGCUUAUAAUAAUUUUAACAACAAACAUGAGAAUUCAAUGGAAAUAGAUUAUGAUUGUGAUACUAAAAAUGAUGUUAAAAUUAUUAAUUUAGACGACAAAAAUUCUGAUAAUUCAUUCAAAAAUAAUUCAAAUAUUGGACAACGUUUAAAUGUAGAUUUAUCUGAACGAACAUUUUGUGCUAAAUAUUUGACUAGUGAAAAGUUAUUUCCUUUUCAAAUGUCUGAUUCACAAUUUCGACGUUAUUUUCUUCUUCAAUUUUUAAUUAUUAGCAAUUAUUUGGCUUCUAGAACGAGACCAAAAGAGUUUGGAAUUUUAGCGCUAGAAUUGAAUUCAACUCAAGAAGAAACAUUACAAGGUUUAAUGGAUAAAUGUUAUAAUCUGUUGAGGGAGACUUAUCCAAAUGGAUCUCGUUUUGCUUCUUCUGUUAAGAAAUUAUUACUUCGAGAAAAGCAAUGGUGUUCUUGGAAAGCUGAUGGUUUUCCAGAUUUAUUUAAUAACAGCAACAUACAAUCCUCCUCUUCUUGUGAUGAUAUUAAAUUUGAAAGAAAACAAAUUUCUACACGUUAUGUCGCUAAUUCUAUUGAUCUUGGAAAUUCAGAAUUAACACGUUUAUGGACAAUAGAAAAGGAUAAUUUAACGGCUUGCAAAAAUGUUAAACGUAAUUGUAUUCCAAAUUUGAAAAGUUUUUUGGAAGAAGCUUUGGAUGAAUUGGAUCCAGAACAACAAGUAGAAGAAAAAUAUCAAUCUGUAAAUGAUGAACAUUAUCAAUGGAUGGCUAGUAGAUUUUUAUUAAUGAAUAGUGAUCAACAUAUAGUUUGUUGUUUUUAAUUUUUUAAAUUUUUUUUUUAAAUUUUGGGGUAAACAGUAGGAAGAGUUGGCGGAUUCGGAAAGAAAAAAGGCCGAAUAUCCGAAAUUUUCAGAUCGGAUCCGAAUAUCCAGUGAUUUUUUAAGAUUAGCCAACUCUAGAUAAGAGAGAAGUAUACGUUCAGGUCCGGGAAGGUAACGAUCCUGCAGUUAUCCUGUAGUUAUUCCUAGGCAAUUUCGCUCACCACACACAAUUGCUCUACCGAUAGGGGCGCUGUUUUUCUUAUUUUCAUAAAAUAAAUCUUAAAUACCCGUCUAGUAAGUGUUUUAAAUGUUAUCACAUUUAAAUAUGUUUUUUACAUGUUUUUUUUGGUUACUUCUCUCUGGUUCACUACGAGCUCGCGUGGUAGACUAGUCUUGCUUUGUGAAUUUAUUUUUGGGAUUAUUUUUUUGUAAAAUUUAUUUUUGGGAAGCAA